GGAGCUUGCUUUGUUUAUUUCAGGUCUCACGGCCUCUGCAAGAUUCUUUGCUAUCUAACACACGAGUUUGCUAAUUUUCCAUGAAAGGAAUGCUUCUCCGCGUUUUACUGGUGGCAGCUCAAAGAUCAGAUAAUCAACAAGGGUGUGAUUCAUCUGUUUCUACUUUCUAUAUUUGGACUAAAAUGAUAUGAAACUUGCAAAUAUUUCGUUAUGGAGUCAAAGAUAAAGCGGUUCUUGCCUUCCUAUUUUCUCUUAUUUUUUCGACUUUGCUAACCACAUGCUAAAUUUAGCCUUCUUCCUAUCUUCUUUGGCCCGAAUUUUCGGGUUAUUUUCCCUUCCAUAGGUUUUCAACUACAUCAGUUUCUCUUUCUGAUAGAACACCGGGAAAGGAGAAAAACCCAGUAACCAAGACGCGAAAAGACAAACUCGAAAAAAAGGCAAGAAAAGAGCAACAAGAACGUACUUUGCCGGGUUUUGCAUCUUGUUGAUCCAGGGAAGUCUGGUCCUCUGUUUCCAUGGAUUUGAUCAGGCAUGGUUAGACCGUAAAAGGAAGACAACAAUCAUCCAGCGGUCUGCUUAUAAUUCAGACAAGCGUACAGAGAAACCCUCCUGAAUCUUGUUUCUUGCGAGAGAAGUAUAAGGUUUUCCCGGUUUCCUUUACGCCGGAGUUUUACCCGUUUAUGUGUCAGCCAUGAACGAGAAGACCCGGAUUCUAGUUUCUCUCUUAUGCUUCACGAUUCUCCUGGUUUAUCCAAUUCGAUCAAAUGGUCAGAAUGUGGCUCUAAGCUGUGGUGCAUCAGAACCAGCGGAUGAUUCAGACAAGAGAAAAUGGGAACCGGAUGCAAAGUUUCUCAAAUCAGGAAACUCGAUUCAGGCAAUCGCUUCCUAUCAGGACCCUUCCCUCCUUUCGACAGUUCCUUACAUGACAGCCAGAAUAUUUACAUCUCCGACAACAUAUGAAAUUCCGGUUAAAGGAGACAAAAGGCAUUACCUCCGGUUUCACUUCUACCCUUCAACGUACACAGGCCUUGACAUCUCCAACUCGUACUUCUCUGUCACAGCAAACGAUGUUGCACUUCUGAGUAAUUUUAGUGCUGCGAUCACAUGUCAGGCAUUGACACAAGCUUACCUGGUUAGAGAGUAUUCUCUAGCGCCUACCGACAAAGACGUUCUGAGCAUCACAUUUACCCCUUCGGACAAGUACCAGAAAACAUUUGCCUUCAUAAACGGUAUCGAGGUCAUUGAGAUGCCGGAACUGUUUGACUCAGCUGUUCUUGUCGGGUUUUCUGACCAGACAGCCGAUGCUAAGAUCGCUAAUCUUCAGACAAUGUUUAGACUUAAUGUUGGUGGACAGGACAUCCCCGGUAGCCAAGACGCUGGUGGGUUAAUCAGAACCUGGUACAAUGAUGCGCCUUACAUCUUCAGCGCAGGCCUCGGUGUUACCCUUCAAGCAAGCGACAAAUUCAGGAUCAAUUACCAAAAAAUGCCUGUGUCUACAGCUCCAGCCGAUGUGUACAAGACAGCUAGAUCUCAAGGCCCAACUGGAGAUAUCAACAUCAAAUCAAAUCUUACAUGGAUGUUUCAGGUUGAUACAAAUUUCACCUACAUCAUGAGACUGCAUUUUUGCGAAUUCCAACUUUCGAAGAUCAACCAGAAGGUUUUCAACAUUUACAUCAACAAUAAAACUGCACAGGCAGAUCCUACCCCGGCAGAUAUUAUUGCGUGGACAGGAGAGAAAGGUGUCCCGACUUACAAAGACUAUGCCAUGUAUGUCGAUGCCAACAAUGGAGGGGAUGAGAUCUCACUUCAGAUGACUCCAUCGGCAUUAUCUAAACCAGAAUAUCUGGAUUCUCAGCUUAAUGGGUUAGAGAUUUUCAAGAUGGAUUCCAUGAAAAAUCUUGCAGGUCCGAACCCGGAGCCAUCUCCAAUGCAGGCUAACGCGGUGACCCAGAAGGAAUUCAGGAAUGACAAAAAAACUGUUUUCAUCAUCGGUUCAGCGAUUGACGCAGGAGGAGUUGCAACUAUUCUAGCAUUUGCCCUGUGCUUCACGGUUUAUCAAAGAAAAAGAAGAUUCUCGGGAAGCGAUUCACACACCUCGAGUUGGCUUCCCAUUUAUGGAAACUCUCACACCUCGGGAACCAAAUCUACUAUAUCGGGGAAGAGCAACAAUGGAAGUCACUUAUCCAAUCUUGCAGCAGGCUUAUGCCGCAGAUUCUCCUUAUCUGAGAUUAAACACGGCACCCACAACUUCGAUGAGUCCAACGUCAUUGGCGUUGGAGGGUUUGGUAAGGUCUACAAAGGGGUUAUAGAUGGAAACACCAAAGUGGCGAUAAAACGGUCAAACCCGAAUUCAGAACAAGGUAUCAACGAGUUCGAGACAGAAAUCGAACUUCUUUCAAGAUUAAGGCACAAACAUUUGGUAUCCCUAAUUGGAUACUGUGAAGACGGGGGCGAAAUGUGUCUCAUCUACGAUUACAUGGCCCUCGGAACACUCCGGGAGCACCUGUACAACACGAAGAAACCACAGUUAACUUGGAAAAGAAGGCUCGAGAUCGCCAUUGGAGCAGCCAGAGGACUACAUUACCUUCAUACAGGGGCAAAGUACACGAUUAUACACCGAGACGUGAAAACGACUAACAUAUUACUAGAUGAAAACUGGGUCGCAAAGGUUUCAGAUUUCGGAUUGUCCAAAACUGGACCAGACAUGAACGGAGGACAUGUCACGACCGUCGUCAAGGGUAGUUUCGGGUACUUAGACCCCGAAUACUUCAGAAGACAACAAUUGACUGAGAAAUCUGAUGUUUACUCAUUCGGAGUUGUUCUGUUCGAAAUCCUAUGCGCUCGACCAGCUCUAAACCCGAAUUUAUCUAAAGAACAAGUAAGUCUAGCAGAUUGGGCACUGAAUUGUAAGAAAAAAGGAACUCUGGAAGAUAUUAUCGAUCCUAACCUGAAGGGCAAGAUCAACCCAGAAUGCCUGAGGAAAUUCGCAGACACGGCGGAGAAGUGUCUUUCCGAUAGCGGAGUAGAACGACCGACGAUGGGCGAUGUCUUGUGGAAUCUUGAGUUCGCUCUCCAGCUGCAAGAGACAUCCGACGGCUCCCACCACCGUAAACCGAGCCAAGGCGGCGGAUCCGAUGAGUUUGCGGGUGGUGGAGCGGUAGCAGUCCACGUCGCCGGCGCAAACAACCGAAGCGAAGACCACGACGUCAGUGACCAGUCCUCUGAUGACAACAGUGGGAUCUUCUCUCAGAUUAUAAAUCCCAAAGGGCGAUAAGGUAAUUUUAUAUCCGGAAAAAAAUAUAUAGCCGUUUUUUUAUUUAUUUUGCCCGUGAGAGAGGAUGUGGGAAGAUGUUGAUGAUUAUGUGGGCUUUUUAUUUUAAUUUUAAUUUCGUUUUUAGGUCAUGUCACAGCUAAAAGAAAAUUGAAACAUGCCAGAUUUUU